GUAACGUCGGGGACGCGGCUAGCUGGCGUGAACGCGCACCUUGCUGCGCGAGCUGUUCCGCCCCGAUCAGUGUCUCUGGAGAAAGCGCUCGAGGAGCCGUAAACAAACCGUGUUAUUUAUAGUCACUUACGUGUUUUUUUUUAAAUGGCGGUGGUUUAUAAAAUAUAAUGUAUCACACGAGUUGAACAUUAUUUGCUGAGCUAGUUGUAGAGCUUUAAUUCGCGGUAGGUGCUAGCAUAGAGCUAACAGCUAACACCUAAGGAUCCUGGCCUUUUCAUGCCCUGCUGACGGAACAUGGUGUCGUGGAUCAUCUCGAGGGCCGUCGUCCUGCUGUUUGGAACCUUGUAUCCAGCGUACUACUCUUAUAAAGCAGUGAAAACCAAAAAUGUCAAAGAAUAUGUCCGCUGGAUGAUGUACUGGAUCGUGUUUGCACUUUACACGGUAGCAGAAACCAUUGCAGACCUCACCGUAGCCUGGUUUCCCCUCUAUUAUGAAAUCAAGAUUGCCUGUGUGAUCUGGCUCGUGUCUCCCUACACCAGAGGAGCCAGUUUAAUCUACAGAAAGAUCCUACAUCCUUUACUAACUUCGAGAGAAAGGGAAAUCGAUGACUACAUUGUUCAAGCUAAAGAGCGCAGCUAUGAAACAAUGCUUCACUUCGGCAAGCAGGGCCUAAGUAUAGCAGCUACUGCAGCUGUCUCUGCAGCUGUCAAGGGCCAGGGCGCCAUCACGGAGAAGCUGAGAAGUUUCAGCAUGGCCGACCUCACCCAGAUCCCACAUGAUGAUGGAGAAGGCGAGCAGUACUCGUCCUACACGAGCUCCAAUCCAGCCAGAAGAGCAAUAGCCUCCUCCCUGCACGACGGAACCGAUUAUUAUUAUGAAGAUGCUGAUGAGGAAAGAGUCGAAGAUGAGAAUGAGGCUGUUUUCUCUGAAGAUGAAGCCGUGACUCAACGCGGCCUCCGGCGAUCUCAAAGCACCAAAGUCACACGCUCCAAACUCCGCAAAGAUCCUCGUUAUGGAUCUCUGAAGAUUAAAGGCAGACGGAGACCUGCACUGAACACAGUCACUUAUACCAGCCCUGACCAGUGACGACUGACGCUAAAGAUCUUUGUCUAAAGAAACAUAAUGUGUAAAUAUUCUCCUCUCCUUAGUGGCUGUGGGUCUUUCAUCAUUCAUGCCAAAAUCCAGUAGGUUUUUAAUGCAUCAACACUAUUUAUUUCUGAACUUCAGAGUUAGCCAAACAAAAAACACAAUUUUCUCUCAGAAUGUUCUGGCAAAUGUACAAGCUUGUGUGUUUUGUGUUUGAUGUAGACAUUAUUUCAUGAUGUAGCCCAGGGGUGUCCAGUCUUAUCCACCAAGGCCCAUAUGGGUGCAGGUUUUAUACCAACCAACCUGGAGCCAGGCUUGAUUUCACCUGUUUAAUAAGUUGAUAUUGACUUUGUUACUGAUGUGUGGCUUCUGCUUGUGUGGGAUGAGAUCCUGCACCCACUUGUGCGUUGUGGACGACUUCCUGCAGCCCUGAUGUGCCCCAGUCUGAAAUUUCAAGUUCAGUUUGGCUUUUAGUAUUUACAAUUCUAUUACUGUGUUUUUUAAAGUGUUCAAAGCUAAAGGUGUAUGCCUUUGGAGGUGGGGUUUUAUACUACCGUAUUGUUUGUAUGUUUCUUAUGCUGCCUUUUGUGCCUUUUUAGAUUUUUCCAGUUUGCUGAUUAGAUAAAUCAUUGUCAUACCAACACACUUGAAUAAAAUCAGACCAAAAGUGUCAUUUAAUAGUAAUAGAAAACAUAAGAGAGUAAAAUCAGUGAAAAGGUAGAAAUUAUGAUCAAUAUUGGUGAAUUUUAUAAAGUCUAUUAAACAUCUUUUGCACAUUUAACAAUUUUGUACGUCAUCUCAAUGCAGAAAGUGUUCUUGACUGGGAAAAAGACCACAUGCUGUAAUACCAAAGGGAUUUAAUCUACUGAGCUUAAACCUAGUUUGUAGGAAUGAAUUUUUUGAAUGAAUUUAAAUUUUCCAUUCUGAAUUAAUGUCCUGGUGCAAACUGAAUAAAUUUGUGUCCCAUUCUGUAAAGGCUAAGAGCAUGUAAUCUCCCCCCAGUGGGGCAGUAGAUGUCCUGUGUGUAGUAGAGAGGCUCGUGAUUUAAUCAGAAUUAAUGGAGGGAUUAAACAGAAUGCAGACAUCAGAUCAGCUCUUAGCUACAGAGGCAGACUGACAGGAAGAGCCUCAGAGCCCCCCAAACACCCCACCCCAUGGGCUGCCACUUGUCUGAUGAGGAUUAAUCAGAGAUGUGUGUAUUCUCUCCUGACCAUCGCAGCUCACUGCACCAGGCCUGUGUGUGAUUAUAUAUACAUUAUAAAGGCUCACUGUUACUUUGGGUCCGAAUAUACCGAAAUAUGAAACUAUAAAAAUGUAAUAUUUUAAGAUAAAUAAUGUACUGUGUGUUAUGUUCAAUUGAAACAAAAUGGAUUGACAAUGUCAUUGGUAGUGAACAGCCUGUGACUAGUCUGUAGUUUUUGUGCUCUUCUCUGACGGAAGGCUUGCGAAUGUCUAAAGGAUGAUCUCGUCUUUUCUCUGGUUUCUAUCACUGUACUGCAGCAGCUAUAUGUGGUUGAAAUAACAAUAAAAACUCUUGACUCGUA